UUGGAAAUUAAGGUUGAUCGUCCGUCGUUCCCGUGUCCAUGCAGCAGUGCAUCGUGCUCGAAUCCGGAGGGUCGAGUGGAAUUCAAUGCGGUUCGUGUGCGAGCACAUUAUCUGGAAACAAUGAUGCGCAUUCAGGUGCUUGAGAGCAAUUACAACUUCGACGGGGUUAGUCAAUUGAUUUGUUUAUUCGGAUUGUAUUGGAAAUUUAAAGAUACAUUUGUGGAUGUAGUGCGAUACUUUUAUAUAGUGCGUGCGAAGACGUUGAUUUGUUAUCGUUGA